CAGAUCCGAAAACACGCACGCUCACUGUGUCUCUCUUGUCUCCCUAGAAAAACUGUUGGAGCUUGGAGUAAACGUUUGAACCCAUAAACCCUAUCCCUCACCUGCGAGUCCCUCUCCUCGUUUCUCUCACGAUGAGAGGCUUAAUCUCAAACGCGAAGCUCCUGGCAAGCAGCAGGCCAUGGGACCCAUCUCUGCGCAGCUACAGCUUGAUUCCGAUGGUCAUUGAGCACUCCUCCCGAGGGGAACGCGCGUACGACAUCUUCUCCCGCCUCCUCAAGGAGCGGAUCAUCUGCAUCAACGGCCCCAUCAACGACGACACCUCCCACGUCGUCGUCGCGCAGCUUCUCUUCUUGGAAUCCGAGAACCCGUCCAAGCCCAUCCACAUGUACCUCAAUUCCCCCGGUGGUCACGUCACUGCAGGUCUUGCAAUUUAUGAUACGAUGCAGUACAUUCGGUCACCAAUCAGUACCAUUUGUUUGGGCCAAGCUGCAUCAAUGGCUUCUCUUCUCUUAGCUGCGGGCGCCAAGGGUGAGAGGCGGUCUCUCCCAAAUGCUUCAGUUAUGAUUCAUCAGCCUUCAGGCGGGUACAGCGGACAAGCAAAAGAUAUGACAAUUCACACGAAGCAGAUGGUUCGUGUCUGGGAUUCCCUUAAUGCGUUGUACUCGAAGCAUACGGGGCAACCAGUAGAUGUAGUUGAGAAGAAUAUGGACAGGGAUAAUUUUAUGACCCCAGAAGAGGCAAAGGCAUUCGGAAUCAUUGAUGAGGUGAUUGAUGAAAGACCAAUGGCUCUGGUGACUGAUGCUGUUGCCAAUGAAGGCAAAGAAAAGGAUAAAAGUUCAAAGUAGGAUCAGAGAUUUAGGUCUCAGUGAGAAACCAUCUCUCCUUUUUAGUUUGCAAUUGAACUCCUCAGAAUUAUAUUUCUCAUGUGUCGGUCCGUCCCGGAAGUUAACAUGAUUUGUUUCUCCCCUUAGCAUUCAUUUGGAAUUCAGUAUUUUCAUAAAAAAGUUCUAUCACUUACAAUCUUC